AUGCCCAGGUUUCUUUCUCAUUUUCAGGGUAGUGAAGCCAUUCGUUACUUAGAAUUUUGUAUCAACGAACUACAAAACAGAGAUCAAGCUAUUCAUAACUACUUGUUGGCAUUAUAUGCUCGUCUUCAGAAGGAUAAGUUAAUGGACUAUCUCAUUUUACAAGGACAGGAAGAAAGCAUGGUCUCUUAUGAUUUGAAAUAUGCUCUUCGAUUGUGCUCAGAAGUUGAGGAAAGUGAAGCUUGUGUUCACAUCUAUACAACAAUGGGUUUGUAUGAGGAAGCUGUUGACUUGGCUCUGAAAUUUGAUGUACAGUUAGCUAAGAAGAAUGCUGAUAGACCAGAAGACAAUGAAGAAUUGAGAAAAAAAUUGUGGUUGAAAAUAGCAAAACAUGUUGUGAAAGAAGAAAAUGAUAUAAAGAAAGCUAUGGAGUUUUUACAAGAAUGUGAUCUAAUCAAAAUUGAAGAUAUUCUGCCUUUCUUCCCUGAUUUUGUCACAAUUGAUCACUUUAAGGAUGCUAUUUGUUCUUCACUUGAUGAAUAUAAUACACAUAUUGACAGCUUAAAAGAUGAGAUGGAAGAAGCUACACAAAGUGCUGGUGAAAUUCGUACAGAAAUUCAGACUUUCAGGAAUAAACACACACUAGUCAAAGCCCAGGAGAAGUGCUCUGCUUGUUUUUUUCCUGUCAUGACUCGAGCUUUCUACUUGUUUCCUUGUCAGCAUAUGUUCCACAUGGACUGUCUUAUUGCUGAGGUUAUAACUCAUUUAAUAACUAACAAGAGACACAGAGUUGAAGAAAUUCAACGCCAACUUGUAGCUAUGACAGGACGAGAUGAUGCAGCCUCUUUAUCUUCAGUUUCAGGAAUUCCAGGAGUUAGUACUAAAGAAAGACUGAAAAUGGAAUUAGAUGAUCUGAUUGCCUCUGAAUGUCUUUAUUGUGGGGAUAUCAUGAUUAGGUCUGUUGAUGCUCCCUUCAUUGAUCCAGAAGAAUACACAGAAGCUCUGCAGGGUUGGGAGUAAAUUUAACGGAAUUGGUUACCUCUACUGUAUACAACUAUUGAGACAUAGCUUCAAAAUCAAAAUUAUAGUAUAGAAACUGAUAACAUGAGAUUAACAGUAGAAAGUAAAUUUAAAUAAUUUGCAAGAAGUUGAUGUAUGGAAAAUAUAAAACUAUUUUAAAUACAGUGCAAAACUUUUUUUUCCCUCAAAGGUUUAUUAAAGUUAUAGUUCACACUCUUUUUAUAUGAUUGCUCUAUACUCUUGUUUUAUGAGCAUUUUCUCAGUACUUUUUUUUGCUAGUUUAAAGUGAAAACAUAAUAACUGGUGAUAAUACACAAAUAAAAGUAAGAAUAUUCGCUAUACAAUAAAUAAAACAGAUGCUAGAGAACACAUGAAAAAGAAAUCAAAGCCUGCACAUUUUGUUUCAUGGUCUUAAAAGGUAUCCACAGCAGUAUUUAAUAACGUUUAAUUGUGAAUUUUGUCAACUGUAUUAUGCUAUAAAUUAAUUUCUUCAUAUUAUUGUUAUCAUCAAAUGUACACUGUUUGGGGGAAAUACAUUGCAUUCCAUAAUUGUGUUAAUGGCAUGUUAAUAGAAUAUGAUGUUUAUUGAUUGUGAUCAAUCUAUAAUAAUGUUGCAAUAAAAAAAUAAUAAGUAUUGAAA